AUGUCUAACAAGGAAUUCAAAGCUGAGCCCAUUGCCAUUGUGGGCGUCGGCUGUCGCUUCUCAGGCUCGGCGACCAACCCAGAGGGCCUUUGGGACAUGCUCAGCAAAGGCACCACUGGAUGGACCAAAACCGCAAGUCAUCGCUUCAAUCUGAAUGCCUUUUGGCAUCCCAACGGUGACAACAAGGGCACGUUCAACACCAAAGGCUUCCAUCUUCUCAAACAAAACCCAGCCUUGUUUGACAAUGACUUCUUCGGCAUCGGCGGCCUGGAAGCCAAGGCUAUGGACCCUCAGCAACGCAUUUUGCUAGAAGUCGCCUAUGAGGCUUUCGAAAAUGCAGGCCUCUCCAUGGACGAGCUAAGAGGUUCACAGACAGGCGUCUGGUGUUCAGUUUCAAACGCCGAUUACGAAUCGAUUCUUGCUCGUGACCCCGAUAUUUCUCCCGGAUACAGAAUGACCGGAACUGGUAAUGCAAUCGUUUCGAACCGUAUCUCUUACCUGUUCGACCUUCGAGGUCCCAGCAUGACAAUCGACACCUUCUGCUCUAGCACUCUGGUUGGGCUUGAUGCAGCUGUCAAAUCGAUCCGAGCAGGUACAGUCAAGCAAGCCUUCGUUGGUGGAUCCAACCUAUGUCUGGAUCCUGAGAGAACUGGAGUUCUUUCCUCCAUGUCAUUCACAUCGCCAGAUGGCCGCUGUUAUGCCUUUGACCCGCGCGCUAACGGAUAUGGUCGUGGAGAGGGUGUAGCGGCAGUCAUCCUGAAACCACUCAGUGCCGCUUUGGCUGAUGGUGACUCUAUCAGAGCUGUGAUACGAGGCACAGGCGUAAGCUCUGACGGUAAAACAAACGGAAUUACACUACCAUCGGAUUGGGGCCAGAAGCAAGCUUUACGAAUGGCGUAUGAGGAUGCGGGUUUGCGUCCACAAGAUACAUAUUUCGUGGAGGCACACGGAACGGGAACAAAGGCUGGUGAUCGAACAGAAGCCACUGUCUGGAUGGAUACCUUUCUGCGCGGCCGAGCGAAAGAUCUGCCACUAGUUAUCGGUUCUGUGAAGGCAAAUCUAGGCCAUACCGAGCCCACGGCUGGACUUGCCGGGCUUUUGAAAGCCAUCCUAGUUCUCGAACAGGGAAUUAUUCCGGCUACACCCACACACAAGUCUCUCAGCCCAGACGUCGCUGAUGUACUUGGGGAUUCCCUUGUCCAGAUUCCUAUGAAGAACACACCUUGGCCCAAGGGUAUGCUCAAAAGAAUCUCGGUCAACACAACCGGAUAUGGUGGCACAGAUGCCCAUGUUGUCGUUGAUCAUUUAGAUGAAGUUAUCCCGCCGGUUCAGAACGCGACGUCCUCUACCGCUGUCAGCACAACUCCCAAGAUUUUCGCCAUCUCCCAUCGUCGUGCAGAUGCAUUGAAGGAGACGGCACAUGCACUACGCCGCUCCUUGACCCAGAAGUGGGCUCGGAAGAGCGAGACGCUCCUGUCCGAUCUGGCUUUCACACUGUCUCGGCGAUCUCACUGGGAUUAUCGAAUAUCGUUCUCCGCUUCGACGCAGUCAGAACUCCUUGAAAACCUUGACCAGAUAGCCAAGGGUCCCGCUCUUUGCUUUGCUUUCACUGGUCAGGGCGCCCAAUGGCCGCAGAUGGGGUUGGACCUGAUGCCACAGUACCCACUUUUUGCAGAGUCCAUGCAAAGAUCGGAAGCCGAGUUUUUGCGCUUAGGUUCGGGCUGGCACCUGCUGGAGGAACUAGGUAAGACUGGAGACGAAUCGUCAAUCAAUCAAGCCUGGCUUUCUCAGCCAUGUUGUACAGCUGUUCAGGUGGCCUUGCUUGACCUCCUCAGUUCCUGGGGGAUAGAGCCACAGGUUGUUUGCGGUCACUCGAGUGGUGAAAUCGCUGCUGCAUAUGCUGCGGGAGUCUUGACUGCCAGUGAAGCCUUGCAGAUUGCCUACUUCCGUGGCUUCCACGUUGAAGCUCUCAAGAAUUCAAGGCCGGAUCUGAAGGGAGCUAUGCUGGCAGUCGGCAUCUCAGCUGAAGACGCGCUCGCAUAUAUCGAACCAGACGACAAGGUUACCGUGGCAUGCUACAACAGUCCCCAGAGCGCUACUCUGUCCGGUAAUGUGGAUGGAAUCAUCCGUGUCAAGGCCAGGCUCGAUGCCCAAGGCGUUUUCGCUCGCAAGCUGGAUGUUGACGUGGCAUAUCACUCAGCCCACAUGAAACUCGCCGAGGCAAAUUACCACGCAGCGAUGAACAACAUACGCCCAAAGCGCUGCAAAGAUAGCGUCCGACUGUACUCUUCCGUGACGGAGGAGCUCUUGGACGGCACGGAGAUGGACGCGUCAUAUUGGACACAGAACCUGAUCUCACCCGUGCGCUUCGCUCAAGCUCUCGGCCAAAUCCUUACACAGCAGGUUAAUUGGCUGAAUCCUGGUCUUUCUGGAAAAACCAUGGUCAUCGAAGUCGGGCCACAUGCCGCUUUGAAGGGUCCCAUCACGCAAAUCAUCAAAGCUGCUGGCACACCAGGCCCUACAAUCUACCAGAAUGUACUAAAACGAGGCGAGAGCGGCUCGAAAGUGCUGUUACAACUUUCUGGGCAGUUAUUUCAGCGCGGCAGUGUGGUCAACUUCCGAGCAAUCAAUGAGCUAGCCUUGAGUGGCCCGAAGCCCAAGCUACUCGUUGCGCUGCCAACGUACUUGUGGCAUCAUGAAAGAGACCAUUGGGUGGAAUCCCGGCGGAGUGCUGCAUACAGAUUCCGUGCGUUCCCCAAGCAUGAUAUCUUGGGCGCGCCUACCAUGGACAGCAUCCCUGACGAGCCCACCUGGAGAGUGUAUCUCCGCAGCUCAGCCAUUCCAUGGGUCAAGGGGCACGUCAUCCAGGAUCAGGUAGUCUACCCAGGGGCUGCAUACGUUUCUAUGAUUGUUGAAGCCCUGAAAGAACGGUACAUGGUCCAGAAGCGUCGAUGGAAAGGUCUCACGCUUCACUUCCGUGACGUCCAGUUCACUCGAGUGCUGAUCGUUCCGGAUACGGAGAACGGAAUUGAGACCAUUACGUCAUUGAAAUCUCUGACUCCUACGGCUCGAGACUCUUCUGUGUCUUGGUAUGAGUUUCGCGUCUUCACGCUUGCACCAGACGGGGAAGCGUCUACCGAUCAUUGUCGUGGUAUGGUCUCUAUUAGCUCGACGCCGAUCGCAAACAAGCUUCCAGAAAUCAACAUUCCACGCGACCUUAAGAGAUUCUCAUCGGAGAGCCUCUAUCGCGAGUUGCACUCUCUCGGAGCUAAAUACACUGAACAUGUUGCGCAAUUGAAUGACAUCCAAGGCGCACAUGGAUUUGCGAGAUGUGAAUUUUCCAUUCCAAACACCAGCAUUGAUAUGCCAGGAGGCAUUGAGCAACCAUGUCUGGUUCAUCCCUUGACCCUUGAGGCAGCUUUCCAAUCACCCUUUGCGGCGCUAAAGCUGGACGACAAAUUGAAGACAAUCUAUCUUCUCGAGAGCAUAGACGAGCUUUACAUCUCCACCGACAUUCCAUCUCAACCAGAGACCACGCUGAGGGCCGAGACGGAGGUAGUAGAUUUCGGCAUCUUGAAGGCACGAGCCGGAGUAACGAUCACCGACCCAACCAAGUCUUCCCAACCAGCGUAUAUCAGAGCCAGUGGUGUUCGUUAUGCCGGGCUUGAGCAAGAAGAGAAGACUCCGGAAGGACUAGAUGAAGAAGCCAUCUGUCAUUGGAUCGACUGGGUUCUUGACCCGCUACAUUCAACGCCAAAAGCCUUAGUCAAGUGGAUUCGUCAAACAGCCGCCACAGUCGAUCUAACCAUAGGCAAGACCGACUCGAUCGUCGAAAGAUACUGUCAAGGUGCUGUCAAGCAUUUGCAAAUGGCAUGCCCAGAACCCGACACCAGGAACGAGAACUUUCACGAUCGCCUGACGCAAUUGAGCAAAUACCUAGAGCUAGUUGCGGUACUUGAAAUGAGUCUGGAUCUGCAACAGAACCUGUUGGGCACAGGACCACUAGGUAAGGCCAUGCUAGAGGUGUUCAUUCAAGUCGCGAAAGGUGGCGACAGCGGAUUACGCUCGCCAACUCGAGGAAGCCUGAUGAAGAGCAUUUCCCACGGGAAUGUCGCACUUCAACGUUCCUUCCAUCACAUUGCUUCAUAUCUCAGGAUCCUGCGGUUGAAGAGACCGAAACUUCGGAUCUUAACCAUCGGUUCCGACUAUGAGGAGCUGAAAUCCAUCGUCGAUCGCCUGUUGAUAUCAUCUGAUUUCGCAAACGGUCUGAAAGACGAAGAUUUGAGCUGCACUUAUGCUGUCACACAGCCAGCUAGCAUGGCAACCAUCUCUGAGCCUGACGGUUCCGACGAUCCGUCAGAAUACGUGAAGCUAGAUCUCAUGGAUUCGUGUGCAUCCCACAAACUCCAGCCAGGAACGUUCGAUGUGCUGCUUAUCCCCUCGUUCUUGAGUCAUUCGGUUCCAGACCUGGCCGUCGCACUACCCCGGCUCAGAUCUCUAUUGGAAGAUCAAGGCGCCAUGGUUUUUGUGGAGGUCACCGAGCCAACGAUCAAGUGGGAACUGAUCUCGACCAGUCUCUCUAAUGAGGACUCCAGACUUGCCCAUGCCAAGUUCAUGACAGCCCCCCAAUGGGAAGAGACGUUGAUCAAAAGUGGUUUCACUGAUCUGGCUGAAGUACAAGAUCUUGAGACGGAUGAAGAACACAAAACGAGUGUUCUGAUCGCCCGAGCACUUCCUUCCAGCUCCAUAACGAACGGGUCCGUCACUGUUCUUCUCCCAUCAGAGGAACCAAACGAAUUAGCUCUGAACAUUGUGUCCCAACUUCGACUCCAAGCCGGGGACGCCUCGAUUGCGGCAGCUCCGCUCGAAGGCGCUGUCGUAAAGGCUGACACCUUGAUCGUUCUGCUAGAAGCAUCCGAUCCAUUCUUGGAACGCAUAACACCGGAAGCAUGGGAGAUACUGCGAGACCUCAUCACUAGCGCCAGUCGCAUUUUGUGGAUCACCAACGACGGAGCUCUGGAUGAUUCGAAUCCGGCUAUGAGUCUAUCCCGCGGUUUCACUCGGAGUCUCAGGGUCGAGUAUCCUAACUUACAGCUCGUUACGCUAGAUAUCGACGGUGCCUCCAAAUCUCAAACGCAGAAUGCCGAAAGCAUCUACAAUCUCUAUGUUGCGCUUCUCGAAAGCAAUAGAUCGACCUCCAAGUGGACCGAGUUGGAGUGGGAGUUCGCGGAACGAAACGGCGCCGUCUUUGUGCAGCGUGCUUUCGCCCAUGCUGCUGCGACCAAAUUUAUUGAGAACUCCAUCUCGUCUUACCACCCGAAACUCGAAGCACAAGGUGAGGACGCUCGGGCUCUCGGUUUGAGAAUCCGCACAGCAGGCAUGCUCAGUACUUUGCACUGGGUGGAUAGGGCAGAACACAGCAAAGUCGUCGGCGGUCAUGAGCUUCGGGUCAUGAUGAAAGCCUUCUGUACCAGUCCCCUUGACUUGAGAACGAUCAACGGCGAGUCGACUGGACAACCCAAUCUUCUCACUCAAGGAGUCGGCAUGGUUGUAGAGAAGGGGUCAUAUGCAACAGACUUCUCAAUUGGCGACAUUGUAUAUGCCUAUGAACCAGAUGGACUGGCACUUUACAGCAACAUCGAUACCCACAAAGCCGUUAAGAUUCCCCAGGGAAUGUGCAUUGAGGAAGCUGUCUCCGUACCCAUUACAUACGGAAUUGGCCUUUUCUGCCUCAGUUACCUAGCUGGUAUGGAAGCUGGACAGACGGUUCUGAUUCAUCAGGCAGCGAAUACUGUCGGACAAGCGGCAAUUGCACUGUCGAGACAUUUGGGAGCAGGAAACAUCUUUCUCACUGCAAGCACGCCAGAUGAGCGUAUAUCGCUCCAGAAGCGGUGGAAUAUCCCGGCAGCCAACAUCUUCUCAGCAGAAGAUCUGCAGGGCGCACCCGAAAUGUUCACCAAGGCCAUUGGAAACGGCGUUGAUAUCGCUCUCAAUUGUGUUCCUGGUCCAGCGACUGAUGAGAUUUCUUCCCUUGUCGCACCUUUUGGUCACUUGAUCGAUAUCGGUAGCCAGGAUACGCGUCGAACUGGAAGGGUGAAGAGCAAAAAUAAUGCAUCAUACACUUAUGCCAACUUGGCAAUUUUGGCAAUGGCUAAACCUGCAUUGCUAAAAGAGAUCUUCGCAACGGUGCUUGACCUAGUCAACUCGUCUAAGGUCCAAGGCUUGGAACCUCCCAGUGUACAUUCCCUUACGGAAGCCCAGGAAGUCUUCCAAUCCUUGUUAUUGGGCUCGAAGCAAGAGAAGAAAAUUCUGAAAGUUGAUUCGAACAUGUCGUUGAUGACCCAGCCACCUCGUCCCACGCCAGUCAAGCUCAAUCAAGAUGCGUCUUACUUUGUGGUAGGUGGCACUGGUGGUCUCGGCAGGGUUAUUAUCCGCUUCCUGGUUCAAUUGGGCGCCAGAAGCAUCAUCACGCUUUCACCCUCUGGAAACGACAAAAUAGAAGCCAAACAGCUUGCUGAGGAACUUCAGCAGCAAGGCGUAGACCUUGUCAAUGUCAAGGGAACGGCUAGCGAUAUUGAGAAACUCAAAGCAAUCGCUCAGGAAUCUGGCUCACGAUCUGUGCGUGGAGUGAUCCACGCAGGCACCGUCUUUGAGGAUGGUCCCUUCGAAGCGACGACACACGAGCAAUGGACGCGUGGAAUCGAAGCAAAGGUGGCCGGAACGAUCAAUCUCCACGCGGUCUUUGGCAAAACGGUCGAUUUCUUCACGAUGCUCAGCAGUGUUGUUGGCGUCCAGGGAACCUACGCGCAAAACGCCUACAACACUGGUAACGCCUUCCAAGAUGCAUUCGCACGAUCCUGCGCUGCUAAAGGACUGCCCGCCCGAUCACUCGAUCUCAGCAUGGUGGCGGGUGAAGGCCGGGGUGCAUCGGCGGAAUCGACUGAGUUCUUGCGCCGUCACGGAUUGCGCCAAGUUGAUAUUGAUACUGUCACAACCGCUAUCAGCUUCUCUAUCUGCCAUCCCAUUGCUGCUAGUCCUGCUGAAGGACAGAUUCUCGUUGGGUUCAGACAAGAACAUCCCGAUUCAGGAUCGAAAAUCGCCGCCUUGCAGCGUCCUGAUGCACGCUUCUCCCACAUUUGGUUCAAACCUGCUGGCAGCCAAGCCGCGACUGUGAAGGAAGGAGAAUUUGACGUGCAUUCCGCACUCAAAGAAGCUACAACGGCUGAGGAAGCCAUCAAUGCCACGUUCACAUCCCUGAAAGGAUUGGUGUCGCAGCUGUUAGACGUAGAGGAGUCAACAGUUCUGCCAGAACGAAGUUUCAUUAGUUACGGUUUGGAUUCACUCACAGCUAUGGAGCUGAGGAAGCACGUGAGCUCGGUCUUAGUCAGUUCGGUGCAGAUGUUAGAGAUCAUGAACCCUAUGCCACUUCAGCAGUUCGCUGAAUUGGUCGCAGGUCGGUCUGCUCUUGCCGGUGAUGGUCUGUUUGGGAAGAAGGAAUAA